AUGGUGCACAAUGAGGUGUGGAUUGAGAAGCCCUUUGCGGCCCGCCGCGCAAUGCUGCAGACGAUGCUGGGUCCCGACGGUACCGUGGCCGUGGACAAGUACAGGCUGCAGAUCAUCCAGACAUACCCAGGGGGCAUGUACAGGGAGCUGUUUGGGGGGCUGGACCUCGCAGUGCACGACGGGGUGUGCUUCAAGCUGGCGAGCGUGUACGCCGGCGGGGUGAUCAAGUUCAAGCCACAGAAGCUGCAGUCUAUAGACUUUCGGGUGAGGCCAGUGGAGGCGCUGCCCGAUAGGGAGAAGCACUCUGUGCUGAUAGUUGGGACCCGCGAUGGCCUGGUGCCAUUUGAAGACAAGCGGGUGCCGUUCCACGCGCGGUUUACGAAGGACUGCAUUGCCGAGUAUAGGUACGAGGCUGGGCAGUUUGAGUUUGUCAAGCUGCGCCCAGACAAGACCAAGCCCAACACAGAGUAUGUGGCCAAGGUGACGUAUGCGGAUAUGCAGCGCGGGAACUACGAGGUAUACUACCAUGGGCUGCUGGACGAGAAACUCCAAAACAAACCAAAAAUCGUCCAAGGGUCGAUCAGCCAGUCCUAG